GCGAGGUGUUGUUAACGCGACAGAGGAGCGAAUGCAUUUUGUUGCGGACUAUGUAAAAAAAAAUUAAAUUAGUAGCUAGAUACUAUUUCUUCGCAAAGAGUUUCAGUUUGUUUUUGGAAACCGUGUUGCGCGACGGAAUGUGGGAGUAUAUUAAAACUAUGUAAGUGUAUUGACGUCUGGAAGCAAACUAUCUUAUUAAACAGUGUUAACUAACGUUAUCGAGUCCGUUAGCUAAGCUAUCUUAGCUAAGACCUAUGACGGGGUUUUGCCAGCGAGCUAAACUUCACUACUGGAGUUUAUCAUACCGAUACUAGCGUAGUUUCUGCAUGUAUUUACAGUGAAACUGCGCGGAUACUUAGUAUUUCAACGACGUUUUCAUAUUGUUAUCCAUCCUGGCUGGCUAUUUGCUUUCAGGUUAUAACUCUACUGAAGGGCGCCAGCUACCUAGCUGCUGUUUAGCGAGCUUCAGUGGAAACGGAUGCCGACUGAUCCGCGUAACUGGCUAACUUAAGCCAGCUGUCGUGCUGGGAUGCAAGCUAAGUAGCAAACCUGUAGCUCGUCCCUGUCAGCAGGCCAAAUUUAUUUCUCUUCGCGACAAUCUUUCUCUCCGACUGGGGACUGCCUGUGGUCGACAAAAAAUGCUUUUAGCGGGAACGAGGAAAGUGUCCCGCUGACUUGGCGGUUCAGUGUGGAUUCUGGGCUGAGGCCUGCAGGUCGGGCUUUCACGGGGCUAGAGUUGGCGCGACCCGCGAGGUUUGUGAGCGGGGAACCCGCGACACAGGCUGCCGGGAGCCCUUGGGCCAGGAAAGAAGCGAAAUGGAGCGGAUGGAGGUGGACCAGUGCGCAGGCGCAGCUGCGGGCGGCGGAGGCGGGGCUCUACGCAGGUCGAACAGCGCCCCCAUGAUCAGCGGUGUUAGUGAUGCCAUGACGGUGUUCAGUCCCACCAGCUCGGCAAGAUUUCGCCGGAGCAGUAUGUCCGUGAACCACAGCUGUCCUGGGCGGGCCCUCCCCCUGUCCCCCUUCUCGUUGGCCAGCGAGAGACAGGAUCAUAAAAGGCUGGAGGAGAGUGUGGAGCUGCACCUGAGAGAGAAUCUGCAGAGGAUGAGUGCUUCAUCUUCAGCUCCUCAUCCUCCUGUCAGUCACUGGCAUGACCACACCUCCCUGGGGAUACAUUCACUUGACAGUGGUGUCACACCAAACUCAUCCCCAAGUCCAACAAGGAGGUUCAGAGGCAGGGCGGCGCAAAACGAUGCAGUGAGGUGGCCCGCUCUAACGCCGCUGAAAAGGAAAGGAGGAGUCGAGUCCGAUGGACCCCCAAAGAAGCUGUUUGUUGCCGGGGUGACGGAUGCACCUCACAUCGCCGGUUACACAGUCAGUGUUGCCCAGGCUACCGGAUCACCAGUGGGCGGGGUUUCGGUUUGUGCCAGCCCACAGGGCAGCCCCCUCCCUAUCUCCCCCCCUCCCUCCUUCACUUCCCACCACCCAAGCUUCUGAAUCCACACCACCUCCAGCCAAUCACAGCGCAGGAUAAGGUGGCAAACACACAUGCAGAUAGGUUCACACUAUCUCAGCCAAUCAAAAACAUGCAUACAGAUAUGUCCACACUGUCCCAGCCAAUCAAAAACACACAUACAGAUAUGUUGAUACUAUCCCAUCCGAUCAGAAGCAUUCUUUCACAGGAGGUGUUAUCUCAAGGUGAGGAAUGGCAUCUCCUUCUUCUGCUUUUGUUCCUUUCUCCCUCACCGGUGAGGGAUCGAGCAGAAACUUAGAUGUAUUGGAAAACAAGCUCAACCAAUGACAAAUCAGGAAAGUUUUGGAGACAACCAAUGAGAGGUGUGGAUUGAGAAGAGCUCAGCCAAUCAGAAUGAGAGCUGAAGCAGAAGAGACAGAGGCGGAGUAUUUCCCUAAGAACAGAAGCUCAUCUGAUGUUUUGACAGCAUUGGACUGGGCCAAUUAUUUUAAAUGUUAGACCAAAUAAAUAA